CCUGUCACCGAUUAACAAGUCAUUGCCCUGACUCUUAUCUGCUCUGUCCCUGAGGGGUCCAUUGCUACACACUGGGCGGUCCCUCCAGGUCAUAGAGGAGGCAAAAUGUGACAAGCUUUCUCUACUGCUGCCUGUGCUGUAAUUGCUUUGGGAUACACAAGAAGCUGGAAGGCAGGAUUUUCAAAAGUGCCAAAGUGCUCUAGGAACAGAAGAGGGACUUGUGAUCACUUUUGAGAAUCCCAUCCUUCGGGCCCAGGACGGUGUGGCUUGGCUUUCAAAUCUCCCCCAUCUGGCUGCUCAGUGAGUGAAUAUCCAAGUCCCAGAUGGUGCACCCUGCUGGUGUGAGAUGCAGGCUUCCUUUUCUCUGCCGCUGCUGCUGGAUGGACGAAGGACAUGAGGACGAGCAUAAGAGGCGGCGGCGGCAGCAGCAGCAGCACCGCUGAGACUUAUCAAGACUCAACACACACACAGAAUCCAGCCAAGACAUUUGCUCAGCUGUCUGCAAAACCAAACCAAACAAAUCAGACCUCACAUACAACCAAACUACCAGCAACAUUUUGAAAGAAAAGACACUGAAACCAGAAAAUAAUUUAUGAGAAAAAAAUUCAACUUAAAAACAACUUUUUUAAAAAAUAUGCCAGAGGAAGAAAAACAUUAUUAAAAAAAAUUAAACCAACAAAAAAAAUUAAGAAAGAAGAUUUAUUUUCGGAUUUUGUAUAAACAUUUAGGAAAACUUUGUUUAAGACUUGGGUUUUUUGGAAAACAUUGCAAAACAUUUUUACCUUUUUGUGUGGGUCUUUUUUAUUUUUUAAAGAACAAAAAUUAAGAAGGAAAAAGAUAAAGUGUGUGGACCAUCCGAUAAAAGGAAAUACUGAAAGAUUUCUUGUGGAGAGGGGGGAAGACAGACAGACUUUGGAUGCAUACAUUUUUGGGGGGACUGCCUUUUUAGUUUAUUUAUACACCUCUCCUAUAUUCCUGCUGGCUGAUGAGGCAGAGAAAGGGGCAGACAAGUAACCAAGAUUUACUUUUUAAAAAAUAAAGUCCCUGUUUUUUAACCCUUUCUUCCCCACUCCAUGAUUGUGGGAGACGAGAGAAAAUAAUUUGGAAAGGAAAAUGAAGAAGUGCAGAGCCCUGUGUGCAGAAGGCAAGGCUGGAGCCAAACUGUAAGCAGAGCCUGCCUCUCUCACCUCUUUGCCUAAGCGUGGGAAUUUAUUAUUUCUUUUAAAGUCUGUCCUUCAAUGUGUCUGGAACUUUUGGGGCUCAAAGUCGGUAUGGAUUUCAGAUUGAUCUUCAUGUCUCUCUGGUACCUGCCUCUCAUCAGCACUGAGGGGGACCCCAUCCCAGAAGACAUUUACAAGAUAAUGAGUGACAGCUCGGUGCGCUCCAGGAGUGACCUCCAGCGUGCCCUGCAGAUAGACUCCGUAGAAGAGGAUGGCUCCAAUUUGGACCUGAACUCAACCCGAGCCCAUCCUGGUCAAAACUUGCCUCGAGGGAGACGAAGUCUAGUGGUAGAUGCUGAGCCAGCAGUACUCGCAGAGUGCAAGACACGGACGGAGGUCUUUGAAAUCUCCCGGAGCAUGGUAGAUUCCACCAAUGCCAACUUUGUGGUGUGGCCGCCGUGUGUGGAGGUGCAGCGGUGCUCUGGGUGCUGCAACAACCGCAAUGUGCAGUGUCGCCCCACACUGGUCCGUGUGCGGCAUGUCCAGGUAAACAAGAUAGAAUUUGUCCAGAAGAAGCCAAACUUUAAAAAAGCCAUUGUGCCCUUGGAGGAUCACCUGGAGUGUCGAUGUGAGGCACAGUCAUCUCAGCCCUCCGGUCGCGGUCGGCCAGGUUCAGGUGAACACAGAGGUAAGUCACCAUCGAUUACUGCAGCCCCUGUUUCGGUGAGACAACGAGCGCGCCAGCUGCCAGCGCGAAAGAGAAAACAUCGGAAGUUCAAGCAUGUCCACGAUAAGAAAGUGCUGAAAGAAAUCCUCACAGCAUAGAGGUGCUGGCUGUGGACAGAGUGCAAGGCAGGUUUAUUUAAUAUACAGUAAAACCUGCCUUAGAGAUCACCUCUGAAGAGAAACCACCUGUCACGAGCAACUACUUGCAGAGGCCACAGAACACAACCACUCUCUGGUGUGCCAACCUUGGAAGAGAGACCACCUCUUACAAGUGACCACUUUUGCUAACUUCCAUGAAUGGUCGCUCUUGGCAGGUUUUACUGUAUUUGCUGUAUUGCCCCCAUGGGGUCUUCAGAGUGAUAACUCUUCCUCUCUGUUGGUCUGUCUCGGUGCCCGAGUCGGACGGCAAAUGGUGCUUCCCUUUCCAUGACCGGACCUUCUCCCUCGAUUUCCCUCUCUUCAUUUAUUAACAACAUUUUAAAGUUUUCAAAAAAAAAAAAGAAAAACAAAAAACCACGUCACUGGAACAGGAUGGUGCCUUUCCUACUGCAGAGACUAGAACGGCAAAUGGGGAAAAGAAAAAUGGGUCAAUUUUCCUUUGAGGGGGAAAAAAUGGGGGGGGGAAUGAGAGCAAUUUUCUUCCUUUCCCCUCUUCUUCUUGGUGAGGGUGCGGGACCCUGGCUGAGAUCAAUGAUUGUGAUGGACAUGUUUUAAAGCAGGCAGACCUCAGAUUAAGAGAGGAAACCAAUGACGGAAAAUGCACUAAGGACUUUUAUUGUUCCGUCUGGACAGAUUUUUUUUGUGUGUGUGUAUAUAUAUUAUUUUAAAAACCACUAAAAUGUACAACAUCUCGGGGAACAGAAAAAAAUGAAAGCAAAAUGCAUUUAUCCCAUCCACCCCUGGUGCAGACUGGAAGACUUUUGGGGCAGUGGGAAGGAGUGGACAGCUGGCAGAAUCAUUCUCCCUUCUCCCGGCCCCCUGACAAAGGAUGCUGUCUUUGCACAUGGCAGUAGAGGGUUCGACUUUCCAGUCUAGGAUUUGGGUUACUGUUUAAUUCACUUGUAUGUGUGUAUAUAUAUAUAUAUAUAUAUAUAUAUAUAUAUGGUUUUAAAAUGGAUUUGUUCCCUGGUGGGAGGAAUCUGCAGGCAUGUUUGUGCAUCAGCUCAGGUGGGCUAGAAGAAAAGCAAACUUUCCAUGGCUUUCCCCAGUGUGUGUGGGGUGCAGAAUGGGGUGCAUGGAGCAAUGUCCCUCACACUCUUUCCCCCUGCUCACAACUCCCCUGCAGGAUACAGAGAGACAACACAAUCAACCAACGAAAUACAGGCUUAGAAACAUUACUUCAUCAGAAGAAACUAUAAUUGGCUGUGAUCCUGAGGGCAGGAUAAUAUUACACAGGAAUAUCUGAGAGCAGAAUAACCCUUUCAUGGAUGUUUCUCAUAUCACACUCUCAGUUGCUCUCCCCAUCUCUACUUCCCUGGCUCUCCCAUUUUCCUCCCCUAUUUUUCUCUCUCAAACACACGCACGAGGAUUUCCUUAACUUACAUUAAAGCCCUUUUCAGUUUCAAAAGCUAUAGAUCCAAGGAACUUCUUGAGCGGUUGAAGGGGUCUGGGGUGAGGGCAAGGGGAGAAAGUGAACCUCUACUUCACAACAGUGAUUAAAAACAGAAACAAUCCCCUUUGGUGAAAGAGCAUUGCUGACUGGUGUCCCGACCUCCACAGACAUCUUAGAGAGUCUUAGAAGUCUAGGUGGUGGAGGACAAAUGACUCUUCAGAUAGGGAGCACCUGUACACACCCCCACACGCAAUUAUUAAGGACAUUGUUAUUUAUCAUAUGAAUUGCAGGAGGAGACCCAGUCAUGGACCCACUGUGCUGAGCACUGUAUAAACACACAACAAAAAACCUGUCCCUGCCCCAAAGAGUUUACAAUGUAAGUUAGAGCGACAACUUUCCUUUCCCAGCUGCCUCUUCUUAUUCCAUUUCCUUUACAGUGAUAGCUCCCUCUCCUGGGAGAAUGAGGCAGAAGAAGGGGAAAGUAUGCAGUAUUCUCUCCAAGGGGAAUAACCCCUCUCAUGGUCACUCAGUACAGCAUACACAUUGGGACAGAGGAAACAAGGAGUAGGCUGGAGGUAAUUUCGCCUUCAUAUUUGUGCCCUGUUGGCAAAGGUCCCAUCCACCAAAUUCAGGUCUCAGUGCAGGCAGAAGUACCACGGGGAAACUAGCAGCAGGAGAAAGGUGAUGAUGCAGCGGGAUGGGGAGUGCUGUUCAUCAGACAGGGGCUUAUAUCUCCCCUCACCUCAAACCCAGAGCUCCUCGCUGGCUGCCUGCUGCCAACAUCCUUCUCUGCCUCUUGCACUCUGCUCCAUUCACCCCACCCCAUGACUUCUCAAGUCUUAUGACACUUUGCUUUCCUGCUCCAAAAUCUCCUUCCUGUGGUUUGUAAAGUUGGUGAGUUUUUUUGCUUUUUUUAUUUUAAUGUAAGAUUAAUUUAUACUCAGUACUGUAUUUAAAGUUGUAAAAAAAAACAAUACAAAACAAACAAACA